CCAAUCGACAAACAACGGGAGAAGUGAAGUCAACGAAGGCGGCGGAGCGUAGACGCGUAAACCGACAAACCUGAAAAGCGAGCGUAAAUUUGCCAGGCUAGGAGACAUUGGUGACACCCCAACACAAAUAUCGCCGUACCUGAUCGCCCCCGUGUCAGAAUGACUGCUGUCCAAGGCGUAUUAUCGGCUGCAGAACGCUCUGUGCGUUCGGUGUUCGUGGGGAACAUUCCCUAUGAGGCCACCGAGGAGCAGCUGAAGGAUAUCUUUUCCGAAGUCGGUCCCGUCGUGAGCUUCCGACUCGUGUACGAUCGCGAGACGGGCAAACCCAAGGGCUAUGGCUUCUGCGAAUACAAGGAUCAAGAGACCGCUCUGAGCGCCAUGCGAAACCUCAACGCCUUCGAUCUGAACGGUCGCCCGCUGCGUGUGGACAACGCUGCCAGCGAGAAGAGCAAAGAGGAACUCAAAAAUCUGCAGGCAUCACUAGGGGGACCACCAGUUGAGAGCCCCUACGGUGCCGAGGUGGAACCCGAGCGUGCUCCAGAGGCCAUCUCCAAGGCUGUGGCUAGCCUCCCCCCCGAGCAGAUGUUCGAGCUCAUGAAACAGAUGAAGCUGUGCAUCCAGAACAACCCAGGAGAGGCGCGCAACAUGCUGCUGCAGAACCCGCAGCUGGCCUAUGCACUGCUCCAGGCCCAGGUGAUCAUGAAGGUGGUGGAGCCCCAGGUGGCAUUGAGCAUCCUGCAUCGCCAGAAUCCCACCAUGGGGCCCCUGGGCACAGGGCCCCAGCAGUUGCCCCCCGCACAGCCCCAGCCCCAGCCCAUGCCCCUGCAGCCGCAGCAACAGCAGCAGCAGCAGCAGCCUGUGGUCGGCGGACCCGGCAUGGGCUGGGGUCCCCAGCAGGGCGGGGGCCUGGUGGGGGCCCCGCAGGGCAUGGGGGCCGGGGCCCUUCCGGCGCCCCAGCAGCAAGGGUUCCCUCCGGAGCAGGGAUUCAACGACGCGGCAUUUGGAGGAGGUCGGGGUCCGCCAGUGGGUCCCGGUAGACCAGCCCUGUUAGGGGAGCGCCCACCGGUGCCCGAACCGCUCAGGACGGCACCCUUUGACCCCCGAGUGAUGGCCCCGGCCCCGCUGGCCGCACCGGGCAGGCCAGGCAUGGUGGGCCCGGACCCCCGCCUGGACCCCCGCGGGGACAGGGACCUGCGCGUGUCCAUGGGGGACCGGGACAUGCGCCAGCCGCAGCCCCUCGAGGACCAGGACUUGAGGACCGGCGGAGACCCCCGCUUCCGGGCCGGGGCCCCCUUCGACCCCCGUAGUCGCCCCUUCGCUUCCCAGGGACCCCCGGGGGGCCCGGCCCCCAUCGGGAGCAGGGACGACCCCCGGAUGGGCCCCGGCCCGGCACGCCCCGGCGGAAACCCCGUCAUCUCGGCUCAGGACCAGGAGAAGGCCGCCCUCAUCAUGCAGGUGCUGCAGCUCUCGGAUCAGCAGAUCGCCUUGCUUCCACCAGACCAGCGCCAGAGCAUCAUGGUGCUGAAGGAGCAGAUUGCGCGCAGCACGCAGCAGUGAGGAGGCUGUCCACGCAGCUAAUAAACGUGUUUACUGGCUUGGUUCCAGUAGUUCUC